GCUCGAUCGAUAGACAGCAUUAGGCACCAAGAGAUCUCAAGAACACAUAAUUCAAUAUCAAGAAGUAGCUAGCUCUUUAAUUUUGAUCAGAAUGGAGAGUACUGGUUUUAGAAAGGGAAACAUGGUGACUAUGUUGAGCAUUGAUGGAGGUGGCAUCAGAGGGAUAAUUCCAGGCACCCUCCUCGGCUUUCUUGAAUCUAAGCUUCAGGCAUUGGAUGGACCCAAUGCAAUAAUUGCAGAUUAUUUCGACGUAAUUGCAGGAACAAGCACAGGUGGGCUAGUCACAACCAUGCUUACAGCUCCCAACAAUGACAACCGUCCAGUCUAUGCUGCAAAGGACAUCACCAACUUCUAUUUAGAGCACUCUCCCGAGAUUUUUCCCCAACACAGGUAA